AAAAACUUGAGGACCCCUGAUAACGAAAGUUGGAAAUAUUUUUUUAAAAAAUCACACAGAAAAGAUUUUUGUGACCGUCCAACCAUGAAAUACACGAUAGCACGUCUCAACUAUAAAAACUCGCAGAGAUUCGUAGCAUGAACAGAGCUGUGCACAGCACUCAACAAAGAAGUCUUGAAGGUAAGCAGGACGAUGUUGUAAGUUUCAUUAUAUUUAACAGACGUGGGCAACGUGUUAGUGGAAAAUGUGGCUCUUGUUCCAGUGCAACAUCUCUAGAAAUGUGGGCAAUUUGGCUCUUGUUCAAGGCAACUAAAGCACUAGUUAGUUGACAAUGUGGCUUUUGUUCCUAUCAACUACGACUCUAGUUAGUGGGAAAUAUGGCCCUUGUUUCAGUCAACCAUGGCUCUAGUUAGUUUGCAUUUAGGCCAUUUUUCCAGUCAACAACAACUCUAGUCGGUGAGUAAAGUGGCUCUUUUUCCAGUAAACUACAGCUCUAGCUAGUGGGUAAUGUGGUUCUUGUUCCAGUCAACUACAACUUUAAUUAUUAGGCAAUGUGGCUCUUGUUCCAGUCAUCUAAGGAUCUAGUUAGUAGGCAAUGUGACUCUUUUCCAGUCAACUACAGCUCUAGUUAGUGGGCUAUGUGACUCUUUUCCAGUCAACUACGGUUCUAGUUAGUGGUCAAUGUGGCGUUUGUUACAGUCAACUAUGACGCUAGUUAGUGGCCAACGUGGAUCUUGUUUCAGACCACUAUGGCGCUAGUUAGUGGCCAACGUGACUCUUGUUUCAGGCCACUAUGGCGCUAGUUAGUGGCCAACGUAUCUCUUGUUUCAGGCCAUUAUGGUACUAGUUAGUGGCCAACGUGUCUCUUGCUUCAGGCCACUAUGGCGCUUGUUAAUGGCCAAUGUGGCUUUUCUACCAGGCAAAUAUGGCGCUAUUUAGUGGCCAAUGUGGCUUUUGUUCCAGGCAACUAUGGCGCUUGUUAGUGGCCAAUGUGGCCCUUGUUUCAGGAAACCUUAGCGCUGGUUAUUGAGAUAUAUAUUUCUCUUGUUUGACGCAACUACGACUCUAGUUAGAAACACCAACUAAAUACAUGUAUAUAUAAUUUUUUUUUAAAAUUUGACAAUUAGAUUGUGUUAUGGUGCAAAUUCUUUUAGUGCUCAACAAUUUGGUUAGAGACAUCCCAACAAUCUUACCAGAUGUCACCGUGUUUACAAAUGUUACAAUCACAUGAUUGUGUUUAAAGGCAGUACGUAUCGCCUUGUACACACCAGUUAUAUAUUACAUUACAUUAGAAACACAAGUUGCUUGUGAUAAAGUUUCAAUGUUUCAAAAUGUCUCUGACAUAUCUAUGUUAAAUAUCAAUGUUGAAAAUGCCCGUUUUGAAAAGGUGAGUUUCCAACCGAGCUUUUCUGUCCAAAAAUCCUUUCCUCUUCAAGCCAACCGUCAAAAAUGUGUAAAACUUUAAUUCAAUCUAUGUAUCUAUCCUUAAUUAUUAUUAAAUUUAAAUAAAUAUUUGUAUUUUUUUUUUUAAAUAUAAAACUAGAAGGUGAAACGUUUGAAUUAUUUAAGUAUAUUUAGUACUUCUAUUUUAAAAUUUCGAUCCUCUUAAUUAUAUUGUUUUAUUUCUUGCCCCCAAAGACCAGAUCCCUGUGUUUCAGAACCUAUCAACGAUUUGAUUAACAUUCAAAAUCAAACCAUGGCAAAAUUCGUGACGGCAUUCGCUAUUUUACUGAUCGUCUGUCUUGGCGAGUUCUCGGCUCUCGGCGAAGACUUGCCAGACAACGUGGAAGAAUUUGUUAACCAAGUUGAUUCAAAGAUCGAUGCAUCGAUUGAUACACUCAAUGAAGUAAGUAUCUGAUAAAACGGUAUCGUCAUCUCUUUAUAAUUCACGAGUGUUUUUUUUUUAAAUUUUAUUUAAUACGUGACUUUUUUUCUCCAGUUUUUUAAAAGUGCCAAGCGUAAUGUCGGACAGAGAGUAAGAAGAUCUUGGUGGGACGAUAAUAAGGAUUGGAUAGUUCCAGUGGGUUCAAGUCUUCUUUUGGGAAGAGAUGCAUCUUCAAGGGAAGCGAAAUCUGUGGAGACAGCUAAGAGAGCGGUAACAAAAUUUAAAUAAAAACUUUUUGACGAAGAGUAAAAAUAUCUAGCUUUACAUUAUAACCAGCGAACUACUAUAACAUAUAGUAGAAAAAAAAAUCCAAUAAGAACAUUCAAUUUGCCUCAAGUUAUAUAAACUCUGCAUUAUAUAAUAGACGCUGUACUUGUUACUUAUCUAAUUGUUGUUUCUUAUUUGUUGGUGUUUAAAUAAGUAAAUUUUCUUCCAGUUUCUUCAAAGUGUCAAACGCAAUGUCGGGCACAGAGUCAGAAGAUCCUGGUGGGAUGAUAACAAAGAUUGGAUAGUACCACUGGGAUCAAAUCUUCUUUUGGGAAGAGAUGCGGAAUUGAAAUCUCUGGAGGCGGCUAAAAGAGCGGUAAGAAAAAUUGAAAUAAAAAGUAAAAAUAGUAAUUUUGGGCUUUACAUUUUAACUAGUGAGCGUCUUUAACUUAAAGAGGAGGGGGGGGGAAUGAAUAAUUCAAUAGGAACAUUACAUGUGCAUCAAGGUGUAUAAUAUAUUAUUAUAUUAUAAUCAUUCUACUUAUAAAUAAUCAUAUUAUUGUUUCUUGGGAUCGGUGUGACCCAGGAUCCGGUAUCAAAAGAAAGUCUGGACCAGGUCAAUGAUGCCAUCGAUUUUCUUAAGACUCUUACCAACGUGGCAUCAAAGGCCAGCCAGGCUCAACAAAAGUAACAACUGGACACUCCAGCAAAAACGAUAACAGAUUUUUGUUAAAAUAAAACGUUAAUUCUUUUGUUUUUAUUUUGUUUCCUUAACUGGACUAUAAAUCAAUAAAAUUAUAGUGCACUACU